CUUUCUCCAUAUUCCCGCUCAUUCUCGAAUCCCCAACGAAGUGUUUUCAGAGAGAGAGGAAAACACUUGCGCGGACGGAAAUGGAAGAAAGGAAAGACAAGGAAACACUUGAGACUGAGGUCUGUGAAAUAGUUCCUCCUAUGGAGACACCAGAGCGGAAGCAGAUCGGUACACCAAUACCUAAAUUCGAGGAUUCCCCCGUGUUUAACUAUAUCAACAAUCUUUCUCCCAUCAACACAUUUCAUCCAACGAGAAUUAGUCAAUCAUUCAACUCUUUCAAUUUUGCAUCUCUACCUACUGUUUUCGCUUCACCUUAUACCAAUUCCAUAAAAGAAUCUUUAUUUCUAAGAAGGCACAAAUUACCCGAUCCAUCAAAACCGGCGCUUACAUCUGAGAAAGGGAAUGAAGUUGAUUCAAGUGAUGGUGUAAAUGUUACUCAUGGUAUCUCUAAUGGACAAAAUGAGAGUUCUAAUCCUGUAAAUUCUGUUGGUGAAGGUUCUAGUAAGCCAAAUACUGAAUGCACGGAUCUUUCUGUUGAGGUAUCAAAGUUAAACUCUGAACGUUGUAGUCCUAACGGAAGCUCUACACCUCGUGGGUCCCAAAUUGGUAGUGGAUUGGAAAUGGCAAUUGUUCCGUUUGCUCAAGAGAUGUCUGGCAUAGAUGUUUGUGCGAAGGGAUUGAAUAUAAGUAGGGGAAAACAAGUGCAGCAUAAUGAAGAAGCAGGGUGUGACUGGAAGAGCUUGAUUUCUGAUUCUGCUGAUCUGUUGAUAUUUGAUUCACCUAAUGAGGCACGGACUAUAAAUACCCCUUUCCUUAAGUCACUGGAUUCAUGCGCAAAAGUUGUGAAUAGUGGAAAUGACCACAUGACUGAUGCUGUUUCCUCAGAUGUACUCCCGCAUCAUGAAUUGACAAUUCCUUCACAUGAGCAAGAUGGUCAUCUAAAAGAAACAGAUGCGUCUGAGAAUGGAAGCAUGCCUACUAUUCAAACUGACUCUGCUGCUAUGUCACACCUUCACUUCAGUAUGAGAAGACGAUGCCUUGUUUAUGAAAUGUCAGGAGCUCGUAUGAGGCAUUUGGGUGAUGCUUCAUCUUCUGGGUCCUCGAUGAUUACUCAACAAGAUGCUAACAUUGAGAUCAAAGACAAUAAGGAACUUGUUCCUGCGAGAUCGGGGAAUGAUUCUUCACAUUGCAUUCUUAAUGGAAUAGGUCUACAUCUCAAUGCUCUAGCAAAAACUAAAAAGGACUAUAAUGAAGUUGCCCCUGAAAAUCUUGCUUCUGGAAGGCAAUCAAUUGAUGACCGCAGCUCCAUAGGUACCGUGCCUUUGACUGCCAAUCAAGAGCUGGACUUAUCUUUGGUAGUGGUUUCUGAAGAAAAAAAUAUUGAACUUGCCGAUAAUGGAGUUUUGGUAGCUCAAGAUGCUUCUCAAGCAUCAAUGUAUAUAGCCGGUGAAGAACUCAGCCAAAAUAGUCCAAAAAAGAAGAGGCGUAGAUCAGAAAGUGGAGAGAUUGAAGGAUGCAAACGGUGCAAUUGUAAGAAAUCCAAGUGCUUAAAACUAUAUUGUGAAUGUUUUGCGGCUGGAGUCUACUGCGUGGAGCCAUGUUCUUGCCAAGAGUGCUUCAACAAGCCCAUCCACGAAGAUACUGUUCUUGCUACUCGCAAGCAGAUAGAGUCUAGAAAUCCCAUGGCCUUUGCUCCUAAAGUCAUUUCCGUGUCUGACCCUAAGGAUGAAUCCAAUGUGACACCAGCAUCAGCCAGGCAUAAAAGAGGGUGUAAUUGCAAGAAAUCUGGUUGCCUAAAGAAAUAUUGUGAAUGCUAUCAGGGUGGGGUUGGGUGCUCAAUUAAUUGCAGAUGUGAAGGAUGUAAGAAUGCAUUUGGUAGAAAAGAUGGGUCUAUCUUAACAGCACCAGAAGUCAUAGCACCAGAAGAUACGGUAAUGGAGGAAAAUGAUACCGAAACAUGCGAGAAGAAGACUAUUGACAAUACUGCGGUCAUCAACAAUGCGGAGAAUUUUAUAGAUGCUUUCCCUGCUACACCUUUGAGAACUUUAAGAGCAUCAAUGGAAGUACCAUUUUCAUCGAAAAGUCGACUUCGAUCUUCUAUCCUAACCAUUGGAUCGAGUUCUGGUUUAAAUGGACUGCCAAGAUUUGGAAAGCCCAAUUUCUUGCCGCCAGCUCAAGAAAAGAAGGAUAAACAACAACAUCGUGAAGAUGAGAUACCAGAAAUUCUCAACAACGGGUCUUCUUCUCCUGGUAAUAAGGGGGGCAUAAAAGCUCCAUCUUCUUCGUCUUCUCCGAAUAGUAAGAGAGUUUCUCCUCCAGAAUGCGGUAUUGGAUCAAGCCCCGCAGGCGGCAUGAGAAGCAGGAAGCUUAUACUGCAGUCUAUUCCUUCAUUUCCUGCUCUCACUCCCAAGCACUAAAAAGGUAUUAUAUACCAUCUUGUUCACUUUGCCUUUUAGAGUUGAUCAUCUUCUUUGAUCAUCUAUGUAAUAUAUAUAAGCUUCUAGUUCAAGUCCUUCAGAAAUAUAUAGUAUGAAGAAGGCUACCUUUGCCUUUACUCUUCUUUUUUUUUUUUGGUAAUUCAGUUAGAUUUGGUAUAUUGUAAAUAAAGAAUUUGAGGUUGUGAUAAAGAAUGUCUUUAUGA